AUGAGCCGGGGGAGCAAGCUCCGGUGGCUGUGGCGUGCGCCGGCGCGGGCGCUGGGGCGGGCGCGGGACCUGUACGUGCGGGGGCUGACGGGGUGCGCGCGCUACGUCCCCUCUGACGCCGCGUUCGGGUACCCCGUGUUCGUGCCGGCGUCGCUGUCCAGGAGCCACAGCGUCGACGACUGGGGCGCCGGGUCCGGCGCCGACGAGGACCUGCGGGAGCUGGUCCGCGCCGCGUCGCAGCGCCGCGUGGAGCAGCGGCGCGCCGAGCUGCAGGCCGUGGCCAGGAGCCAGAGCAUGGCCGCCUCGCUCUCCAUGGCGCGGAUCGACGAGGACGCGCCGUGCGAGUUCGGGGCGGCCGCCGACGGAGACGGCCCCGGAGCGCUGUACCCGAGGAGCCAGAGCUGCGUCGGCGACGCCGCCGGGAGGAGGGCCCACGCCCACCGCGGGCACCGGAAGGUGGUGGCCUUGGUCUGA